UAGAAAGAGGCGAGCAGUAGUAUACGAAGAGCUUCAAAGAACAAUUUUUUUGCUUUUGUUUAUCUGUAUUAUUCAUAUCUUUCACUUGUUUUAGUGAAAAUUAACACCUGAAGUCAUGGUGCAGAAAAUUUGCAUCAUUGGAGCAGGUUCCAGUGGUCUGACAGCAAUAAAAUGCUGUCUAGAUGAAGAUUUGGAGCCCACCUGCUUUGAAAGCUCUGAUGAUAUUGGAGGCUUAUGGAGGUUCAAGGAAAACCCAGAAGACUCUAGAGCCAGCAUCUACAAGUCUGUUAUCAUAAACACCUCCAAGGAAAUGAUGUGCUUCAGUGAUUAUCCCAUUCCAGAUGACUACCCAAACUACAUGCACAAUUCCAAAAUUAUGCACUACUUCCGAAUGUAUGCAGAGCAUUUCAACCUUCUGAAAUACAUACAAUUCAAGACAAAGGUAUGCACCAUCAAGAAGUGUCCUGACUUUGCCACCUCAGGCCAGUGGGAUGUUGUGACAGAAUGUGAUGGGAAGCAAAAGGUUGGAGUUUAUGAUGGCAUACUCGUCUGUAGUGGCCACCACACCUUUCCACAUUUACCGCUACACUCUUUUCCGGUACCAGGAGAGGUGCAUGGGUUCUUAACCGUGUGGCCGAUGAAGGUUUCCCAUUAGAUGUAGUUCUCUACAGUCGGUAUAAGUUUUUUCUCAAACAAUUCUUCACCACAGAAAUGCUGAAUUGCUGGGCAGAAAAUAAAAUGAACAAGCGUUUUAAUCACGAGAAUUUUGGCCUAAAGCCUAAACACAGAAUUCUCAGCCAGCACCCAACUAUUAAUGAUGACCUCCCCAAUCGGAUCAUCUCAGGAAAGGUUCUGGUGAAACCGAAUGUGCGGAAGUUCACAGAGACAGAUGUGAUUUUUGAGGAUGGUACCGUGGAGAAAAACGUGGAUGUCGUGUUUUUUGCUACCGGCUACAGUUUUUCUUUCCCGUAUUUGGAAGAGCCUGAACUUAAGGUCGAACAAAAUCACAUAUCUUUGUACAAACAUAUAUUUCCACCAAAUUUAAAGAAGACAACUCUGGCCUUCAUUGGCCUUAUUCAGCCUAUCGGUGCCAUCAUGCCAUUGUCAGAGCUGCAGGCUCGAUGGGCCACAAGAGUUUUUAAAGGGCUGUGUAAAUUACCUUCAUCAAAAGCCAUGCUAGAGGACAUCGCUGCAAUGAAGAAAGAAAUGGCUCAACGGUAUGUGGACAGUCCAAGGCACACAGUCCAGGUUGACUUUAUGGAAUACAUGGAUGAACUAGCUUCUCAGUUUGGUGCCAAGCCCAACCUCCUCCGGUAUUGGUUUACAGACCCUAAACUUGCCUCCGAGAUAUUUUUUGGGCCCUGUACACCUUACCAGUAUCGCCUGCAAGGACCUCGCAAGUGGUCGGGUGCAAGGAAAGCCAUUUUAACUCAAAGAGAACGCAUUAUUAAGCCAACCAAGACUCGCGAUUGCAGCCAGGAAGCAAUGGAAAGCAAGUCUACGCUACCAUUCCUUCUGAAAUUAGCAGCCAUCUUUGCUAUCUUGGCAGCUGCCUAUUUUGCUUAUGUAUAAGUUGGAUCUCUUCCUUGUAAUUCCAGAAUUUUGUGAUAUAUUUUCUCUCUAUCUUCUUUUCGAUGAGACCUACAAUACUAAUACUUUUAAGAAAUGAAAGAAAAUUUUUAAAUAAAACCAGUGGGUCUAAUAAUAGGCUGAGACUUUUUUCAUCAUUUUUAUUAACUUUAAAUUCUGUAGCACAGUUAUAAUGCGUUUUGCAUCAGAACCUGACUGUCAAUCAAGUAGUGUAUAUCUGAUGAAGAGUCACACUCUAACUCGAAACAUGCUAUAUAUGUGCAACAGAAUAAUGUAUAAUAAUGCAAUAUUGACCCUCACAGGCUUCCUUGGUGACAUCACAACCUGGAGUGUGACUUUUUAUCAGCACUGCUUGGUCAGGAUGUCACUAGACUGGGCUAUUCCCCAUACAAAGCAUGCUGCCCUAACAACUCAGAACUGCUGAGAGGGGGUUGGAUCCCAUUUCUUCAUCCUAUCUUAUGAUGACACAUUGAUAGCAGGUACUUGUUCCUCCAUCUGGGAACACUAUUCACAUUCAGGAUAGCUGCUUAAACAUCUUAGGCCCCUGUCAUACUGCCAUUGCUCCCCAUCGAGAACAUCCGUUAAAGUCUCUUUCUUUGUGUGACAUUAACGGUCGUUAUCAUGACGGGGAGCAACAGGCAACAACGUGUCCAUUCCUUCUGAAAUUAACAGCCAUCUUUUCUAUCUUGACAGCUGCCUGUUUUGCUUAUGUUUAAGGUGGAUCUCUUGCUUGUAAUUCCACAAUUUUGUAAUAUAUCUUCUUUUCUAUAAGACCUACAAUACUGAUACUUUUAAGAAAUUAAAUUUAAAUUUAAAAAAAGUAACAGCUCCUACCUCCACCUUCUGCAGCUGAGCUGAGACUUGCCAGUCGUGUCUCCGAUUAACAUCAACCGGGGAUAUGAGAAAAACUUAAUUUUGCUCACAGGGAUGCAGUAAAAAUUAAAAUUUUUAUAACAGUGAAACAGCAUACAGGACAUACACUCUGAUGCGUUUUGGGCCUAUAUGACCCUUAUUCAUGGCAAGUGGUCUCUUGCCAUGACUAGGGAGCAUACAGACCUGAAACCUGUCGGUAUUUAUUUCCUGUAUGCUGUUUGACUGAUUGAAUAAAGUCAUAAUUUUUGCUGCAUUACAGUAAGUUGAAUGAAGCUCCUCUUAAAGGGGUAU